AUGCUUGAUAACUCUCUUACGGCCAAGUUGUCUGACUUUGGAUUGGCAACGCUUUGUGAUGAGGAAGAUCCAUUUAUGGCCAUCAAAGCAAAAGGGUCGCGAGUUUACAUGGCACCUGAGUAUUCAAUGGGAAAAGCAAUAACUGUUAAAGCUGAUGUUUACAGUUUCGGAGUUGUCCUACUCGAAAUAGUUAGCGGGAAAGUUAGUGCAGAUUACACACCAAACCAAGAAGCUGAGUUUCUUCUGGAUAAAGCUAGUGUUUUGCACUAUAAGGGAAGAAUCCUUGACUUGGUGGACAAGAGAUUAGCAUCCAGUUACGACAGGAAGCAGGCUCUAACUGUUUUGCUGUUAGCAAUGAAGUGCGUUAAUCUGUCUCCUACUCUCAGGCCUAAAAUAUCUGAAGUCAUCAGUGUACUUGAAGGUGAGAAAAGAAUCGAUGAGAUUUUCGAAGGUGAUACUCCAUCAGCAAAUAUUGGAGGACUGUGCGGUGCGUGUUCCAGGGUGUUGGAAAUAGAGCCAAUUUCUUAG